AUGGAAGCUGGUAGACCGCAAAGUAAGCUGCAGAGAUCGAGAAAGGGGAAGAGAGCAUGGAGGAAAAACGUUGAUAUUGAAGACGUUGAAGCUGGGCUUGAUCAAAAGCACGAACACGAAAGAGUUUUCGGAAAAGACUUCGAAGAUAACGAUUUCAUAUUGGAUACUGAAGGAGAUUCGAAAUUGAUCAAGAAACCGCAGUCCAAGAAAUUGAAGAGUCAGGAAAUUCUUGACAAAAGAUCAAAAUUCCCAGCCUUAGAUGUUGAAAGAAGCAAUAAGAAGAAAGUACAAGGUGUUUCCAAGAAGGAGAUCGGCAGGUUGAUGAAGCUUUCCGGUCGUCAUCAGGGCACCACCGCCUCACAAGCUAGAUUGCUUGAAGACGGACUCGUUAACACUAACAUAGAUGACCUUUGGGCGCCUGUAACGGAAGACAACACUCCAGAAGAGUUCAAGAAAUCUUCGUACACUGAAUGGACCACACCUAAGAAUCAGCCUAAGACCUUAAAGGAAACUCCUAUAAGCAUUAAGCAGACCAAGGCCGUCAUAAAUUCCGGAAAAUCGUAUAACCCAUCCUUUGAGUCUUGGAAGGCAUUGUUGAACGAAGAAUUUGUAAAGGAAAGCAGCAACGAAGAGAAGCGUCAAUUGCUAAAGGAACAUCAAGAAAGAAUCAAGCACUUGAUAGCCACCAUGAACGACAAUGAGGAACUUGACAGCACAGACGAUGAGGCGGAGAAGAGCGCAGUUGAAGUAGAUGAAGACGAUGAAAAUAUCAAAUUAUCCAUCAACAAGCCUACUCAAGUAAGGAUCAAGACCAAGACUAAGAGAAACAGAGAGCGUAAGCACAAGGAAAGAGAAGAGUUACAAUUGAAGUUGAAGGAAUUGAAGACCCAAAUCCACGAAUUGGAAAAGUUGGAAGUUUACGAAGAAGAGGUUACCCAGAAACUCUCCAACACCAAGAAGAAAGUUGCCAAGGCUCCAAAGAAAUUGUUCAAGUACAACAACUUGGAUGACCAAUUGGAAAUUAAGCUUUCCGAUGAAAUCUCUGACUCACUUAGAAAGUUGAAGCCUGAAGGUAACUUGCUUUACGAUGAAAUGAAGAAAUUGCAGAAUAGUGGGAAGGUUGAGGCCAGAAUCCCGGUAUCUAAGAGAAGAAAGUACACUCCCAAGAUUACUGAGAAAUGGACAUACAAGGAUUUUAAAUAA